AUGAAGCUAUAUGUUGUUUUGUAUGGGAAUGGAUGCUUAUGCUCGCCAUUUCAUGUGAAAAGGAUCGAUCAUGGCGUCUCAGACAUCUCAACCUCUGCUAUCUUCGUCUUCCCAAUCUCACUCACCCCAUCACCUCGAAACGAUAUUAUCAGACACCACACUUCCCUUGUCCCAACGUCUCAGACUCGCCUCCUUCAUCGAGUUGAAGCUCCUUUUUCGCCUCGCUGCUCCCGCCGUCUUCGUUUACAUUGUCAACUACGCCAUGUCCAUGUCCACUCGCAUCUUCUCCGGCCACCUCGGCAGUUCCGAGCUUGCCGCCGCCUCCCUCGGCAACAGCGGCAUCCAACUCUUUGCCUAUGGCCUCAUGUUGGGUAUGGGAAGUGCAGUGGAAACACUGUGCGGACAAUCAUUUGGAGCUCGCCAGUACGAGAUGCUAGCAUAUACCACCUGCAACGAGCGAGCAUAGUUCUGACUCUGAUUGGUCUGUUUGUAUCAGUCGUGUACAUUUUCGCCAAGCCUGUUUUGAUCUUCCUGGGCCAGUCUCCGAAGGUUGCUUCUGCAGCUGCAGUUUUGGUCCAUGGCCUCAUACCUCAGAUCUUUGCCUAUGCUAUAAACUUCCCCAUUCAGAAAUUCUUACAAGCACAAAGCGUGGUGUUUCCAAGUGCGUUUAUAUCCACAGCUACGCUAAUUGUGCACCUUUUCUUAAACUGGCUUAUUGUGUACAGAUUGGGGCUGGGCCUAUUGGGGGCAUCCUUGGUGUUAAGCUUGUCAUGGUGGAUCAUUGUGAUUGCUCAGUUUGUGUAUAUAGUGAAGAGUAGUAGAUUCAAGCACACUUGGGGUGGGUUUUCAUUGCAAGCCUUCUCUGGUUUGCCGGAGUUUUUCAAACUGUCAGCAGCGUCGGCGGUGAUGCUAUGCCUCGAGACAUGGUAUUUCCAGAUUCUGGUCCUGUUGGCUGGUCUUCUUGAUAAUCCUGAACUGGCUUUAGAUUCACUUUCAAUAUGUGUGAGAGUGGGGAACGAAGUGGGAGCAGGACAUCCAAAAUCUGCAGCUUUUUCAGUGGCGGCGGUGACAUUGAUCUCAUUCAGCAUAUCAGUGGUGGCAGCAAUAGCAGUGCUUGCACUGCGAGAUGUCAUCAGCUAUGCGUUCACAGAAGGAGAAGCCGUGGCCGCCGCCGUCUCAGAUCUGUGUCCACUGUUAGCCAUUACCCUCCUUCUCAAUGGAAUUCAACCUGUUCUUUCUGGAGUGGCUGUUGGUUGCGGAUGGCAAUUAAGCUUCGGUUGCAUAUAUCAACGUGGGAUGUUACUACGUAGUUGUGUACCUCUCGGCCUUGUUCUUGGGUUUUACUUCAACAUUGGAGCCAAGUACAUAGUACGUACUUAUUUCUCUGUCGACCAGCAUCUAAAACUGAUCCAAUGA